CUGAAGGCUUCCUUUUAAGCUGCCCAUAAGCUUAAGCAUGAUGAGAUUCAUCUUAAAACCUCCGCGCUUACUUUGUUCUUUCAUGAUAAAUACAAAAAGGAUGUUAAGAUAUACCUGGACACCUACGUACAUGAUCUUUCACAGCAUCUUGCGGUCAGGCUUCAUAUGACGGUUUGCCAGGUGUUCCCCCACGCUGUCCCUGCCAGGAAGUUGAUAAGUGAGUAACGAUUCGAUUUGCGAGAAGCUCGAUUAAGUUAAGUUUAAGUAGAUUGCGUCAGCUACACGUCUAGGUACAGGUACUACAACUCAGCUUGAAUUAAUUACCUCUCUCUGUAAGUCUAUGGUCUUUAGUCAUCAGCCGCGUCGUAUUUCAACCACCAGGAGCCAGAAGAAAGAGAAACUACAACAACUACAUCAAAAAUAAUGUUUCCUCCCCCCGCUGCUUCAUCCGUCCGUCGUUUUGCUCGCGUCCCCUCUUUGCAUGUUUCGCGGAAGCUAACCGACAUCGUCAAGCUUCCCCUCUUGCAGAAAGAGUCUGCUCCGAAAGUCCGCGAAAUAUGGCUUUCGCACGACAAGCCAAGAAUAAUCAAUGGCGCCAUCGCGAGGCAGGAGUGGGACGCACUCUCAGCGAAUAGUCGAGCAGCGCCAUUGUUCGUUGUGCCAGUAUAUCCAGAUGAGGAUUUUAUACGGUCGAGUAGGACGGGAACGGAUCUGAGUGCGGGUGCGGAUGCUGCGGCGUUUGGUGUACUAGGAGGUGCUGGCAGUGCUUCAUCUGCGACUGAAAUGACAUCAAAGAAAGCAUCAGUUGGUACGAUAUUAGAAGCAAAAGGAAUAGAAGAUGGGAAGUCGACUAGAGCUCCAGCGGCUGGUGGAAGUAGCACCUGCUCUACCGUUUCAAACUCUGGUUACUACAAUCUCGUUUCGGAGUGGCAGGGUGACGAGAUAGUCCUGACUUUCCUAGAGGACUAUCAAAAGAAUCAUACAGACGCAGUUCCCUUCUUGGUCGUGAAUUUCUUCCAAGAUCUUCUAGAAAGCCACAAUGUAGUUCUCCUUCGCGCAGACAUUGUUAGUGGAAAUCUGACAAAGAAACAGGGACAAUUGGCUAUACGAUUUUUGCGGGAAGCGUAUACGCAUUUGGACAGAUUCGAAUGGGUGAAAAAGUUCAAUUUUAGACCAAGAGAAUUCGAUUACAAGAAAUUUGAAAACUGGUGUGUCGGGUUAAGGGGCAGUGGAGGACAGGCGAGGGUAAAAAUGGCACCACCUUCAGCUGGUUUAGCAGCAUCAUCGCAGAACAAGAUUCUUUUGCAUUAGAAUGAACAAUAAUGACGGUGAGGUACUAGCGAU